AUGAAAACUUCUUGCCCCGUAACAUGUCGGAAAAAAUGCAGUGAAAAAUUAACAGAAGAUAUUCGGCAAAGAAUUUUUGAUAUGUUUUGGAGUAUUGGAGACCACUCAAGACAAUGGGAUUUUCUGGCAAGGUAUGCUGUAAGAGCAGAAAAAAAAAGAUUUACAGUGGAAAAAGAAAAUUCAAAACGUCUUCACACUAUAUCUUAUUUCCUUCCAAGGAGUCAAGGAGAUAAUAUUGAGACUACAAAAAUAUCGGUGUGCAAAACUAUGUUCUUGAGAACCCUUUCUAUUAGUUUUAAUUUUGUUUAUACAGCUUUAGAAAAGUCCGAUAAAGGAAAUGGAUUUAUUGAAACGGACCAGCGUGGUAAACAUAUUAAUCACCCAAAAAUUAUCAAUGAAGAUAUCGUACGCAGUGUUAUAGAUCACGUUGAAGCAUUUUCCCCUGUAGAAUCACAUUACACUCGCAAAAAAUCAAGUAAAAAAUAUCUUGAGGGGUCUUUAUCCUUCCCAAAAAUGUUUAAGUUAUAUAACGAAUGGUUUGAUCCUAAUAAAUACUCUUCUAAAGCGACUACCGUGAGGCAAUACCGAGAUAUCAUUAAUAAAAAUAUCAAUAUAGGUUUUCAUAAACCCAAAAAAGAUAUUUGUGAACAAUGCCACAUUUAUGAAAAUAACAAGCAAGUUACACAGUCAGAUAAAGAGAAGCAUGAAGAGCAUUUAAAAGAAAAAGAGAAAGCUAGAAAAAUGAAAACAAAAGAUAAGGAAUUAGCGUUACAAAAUAAUGAAAUCCUUACAGCAGCAUUUGAUCUCCAGAAGUGCCUUAAUGUACCUCACGGGAACGUGAGUACUUUUUAUUAUAAACGGAAACUUUCUUUGUAUAAUUUCACGAUAUUCAAUAUGGGAUCACACCAAGGUUAUUGUUUUUCAUGGCAUCAACAGACAGCAAAGAGAGGUGCAAAUGAAAUUUCCAGCUGUGUUUUUAAGUUUAUAGAGGAUACAGUAGGUGAAGGUGUCAAAGAUUACCGGUUCUGGUCAGACAACUGUGGAGGCCAAAAUAGAAACAGAAUUGUGUUCUUAAUGUAUAUGUUAGCUAGUUUGAAGUUUAAUAUAGAUAUUAGCCAUCGCUUUUUAAUAGUUGGUCACACACAAAAUGAAGGUGACAGUAUGCACGCUUUAAUUGAAAGACAGACAAAAGAUAAAUUGCUGUAUACGCCUGAUCAAUGGUAUACAGCUUUUAGAUUUGCCAAAUCCGAUGAUAAGCCAUACAAAGUUAUCGAAGUGUCUCAGGAUUUAAUAAAGGACUUUAAAU